GUUUAUAGACAAGUUUUGACAUACGGAUAAAUUAACCUAAUAGAGAUGAACAGUUAAUACGACUAAACGGAACGAGAGGCGACUAGAGAAUAACUAUAUAAACACAUUUAACAUAUAUGAUAUUAUGACUAGUAUUGAAGUGAGGUGAGGUUCCCUGUAAAUUACAGUGACAAAAUGAAAUUGACCGUGUUGCUAUUUCUACUAUGUUGUACCCUGGUGCAUAUUAUCUUUAUCAGAGCUGGGACAAUAGAAAAGGCAGUUCAUGAUGUUACUGAUGAGGAUGAUGAGGAUGAUGAAUAUGGUUUUGGAAAAGAUAGUGGAUCGAAAAAAAUACUUGGUGUAUUAUGGGAAUCAUGUAUGAGGGGACGAAGACAUGUCUAUAAGGUUAUUGAUAAAUACUUGAAGAAGGAAGAUUUAGACAAGAAGUUGCUGGAAGUUGCUAAAAUCAUAGGUAAACGGUUUGAGAAGCGUAUGGAAUACGUUGCCAAGCAUCUUGAUGAAGUGUUCAAUUACGAAACAUCUGAGUCUAUAAAGACAUGAGUAUCAUUGAUGUUGUUUGAAUCAGUUAAUAAACGUAAAGCAUAGUUAGUUGACUGAGCGUCUUUUAUUUUAUUUUUUAUCAUUACAGGUCUGUUAACCAACCUAUUCUAUGUGUGCAUUAUUUCAUGCUAAUAUACAUGCUU